UUGCAAUAUGGUCGUCCAAAAUGGCCGCUUGGUCGACGUAUUGUUAUUGCGAAACUUUCUUUAUUCGAACCAUUUUUACAAAUAUUACGUAUGACAUAUGUUGCAAUCAACAUUGUUAUGAGUGUAUUUAAUGUCCUUGAAGAGUACUUCGUAUUUACUCGUGAUUUGAACGAACACGAUAACGAGCAAGUUCGAAUGUUUCCAUUAACCUCCGCGACAAGUUCGCGUUAUUCAACUUAAUUUUUUAUUUAAUUUCCAUUGAGUUAUCUGUGAAUACUAAUCAAAUAUUCACGACAUGGCUGAUGUGACCCAUAAGGAAAGUUAUGAGACACAGAAAAAAAUUUCCAGUAGUGGAAGUACAGGAAACGCUGGAUCAGAAGGAGAUAUGAAACGUGAACCAUCAAGUCCUACUGAAAGAUUUGUUUUUUCCCGUUGUAAUAGUACGGGAUCAAUUCAUACUCCAUCGUCUUCUGCCCAUAAUACUGAUGAAGACAGUGAUAACAAAAAUUCAACCAUUAGCUAUAAAGAACGUCGUAGAGAAGCACACACUCAAGCCGAACAGAAACGUAGAGAUGCAAUUAAAAAAGGAUAUGACUCUCUACAGGAUCUUGUGCCUACAUGUCAACAUACUGAUUCUUCAGGAUAUAAACUUUCAAAAGCAACUGUUUUGCAAAAAUCUAUAGAUUAUAUACAAUUUUUAUUGCAACAAAAGAAAAAACAAGAAGAAGAACGAAAUGCGCUUAGAAAAGAAGUUGUAGCUUUAAGAAUCAUGCAAGCUAAUUAUGAACAAAUUGUUAAAGCCCAUCAAACCCAACCCGGACACGCUGAAACACGUGUUUCGGAUGAAACCAAAUUCCAAGUAUUUCAGGCAAUUAUGGAUAGGUUAUUUCAAACUUUCAGCAAUAUAUCUGUAGCGAACUUUGCUGAAUUAUCUGCAUGUGUUUUUAGCUGGCUAGAAGAACAUUGUAAACCUCAGACGAUGCGAGAGGUAGUGAUAUCAGUUCUACAGCAACUUCACAAUCGAAUUAGCUAGUCUAUAAAGUAAUUCGAUAUUUUUUUUAUAAAUAUUACAAUUUCCAUAUUAAUUAUUGCCUGAUUAUUGUCUCGAUCGUUCAGACAUAAAGUUACCAACGUAUUAUUUUAUAAAAUAUACAAAUGAAAACUUAAAUUAGUUAAGUAAACUUAAAUGAAGUAAUAAAAAUAUUAUAAAUAUUUUUUUGAAAUCAGGGUGAGGCUUAUGUGCCUUUAGAGGUAAGAAUGUUAAAUAAGAAAAUGCCUUUUAUUGAAAAAUGAUAUUGAUUUGAAUACUGAAUCACAAAUAAUAUUUAGAUGGUAAUACAAAUAGAAAUUUUUUUUAUAUACAAAUACUAAAUUGAUGUUAAUAAAUUAUUUUAGUAAUUAUUAAUAUAGAAAGAUUGUUAUCUAUUUCUUUAAUACAAGUUGCCAUG